AUGCAUUCGAAAUCGUUUCGAGUCGUUCGCGCGGAUUCGCCGAAGAAGUUGAGACUGAACGCACUUCGCUUAGUUCGCGAUGCUUUACGAGCCGUCGCACCUGAACUUUUUCCAUCGUCGUCAAAAACUUCUCCUUCAGCAGGAGCAGGAGCGGUCAAGAGUGCGAAGUCAUUCACUCCGCAAGAGUUAAAAGCGAUUGCCACGUACGUUAAGAUUGUUUGUGAACAGCCAAAUCUGAACGUUGUCGUCGGCGUGGAUGAUUUCUCGGCGUUCGUGAAAUAUCGCAAAGGUUCUUUGACGUACGUCGUGUGCGAUGUGAAACCGAAGCCGGUGAGAGUGUUGAUUUACGAGUCCUUUAAACUCACCGCCGCGGAGGAUGCCGAGAUUGAAAACUCAAAAACAACACCCGAGCGCGUCGUGGAAGCAGAGAUGAAGUUUCGAGCGAUUGACGAGUCUGAGGAUGCGACGACGAAGAAGAAGAUGAAGAGCAACGCGGCGAGCAAGAAAGACGCCGCGGUCGUCACGGAGGGAAACGAAACCUUACCAAAGUGCGUGGAAGCUUUAGCUUUGGCAGUGUUGAACGAUAAGUCAUACGAAACCACGGAAAUAAGAGCGACAGAAUUGCGCAAACGGUUUUCUGAGAAUUUUGGGGAUUAUUGGCACGUUAUUCACGAUGAUAAUCCAUUCGUCGUGGCGUGCGAUAAAACGACGUUCACAAUUAUCGAGAACGAAAAGACGAAGAAGAACGAUAGAGAGAACGAUCAAGACGGCUUAGUAGAAAGAGAAUUGUAUUUCGUCGCGCAGAAGGGUCGAGCGGUGUACACGGUGUGGCAUCAUAACGCGCCAACGAAGGAAAAGUUCUUCGCUUGGUUUUGGAGAAUGGAAUCGAGCGAAAAGCUAAAGUUGCUUCGGUAUUUCUGUCUCUUCAAUGCAACUGGACUAGCGGUUAUAUCGAGAGCAAUUUGUGGCUUCGAAGAAGGCGGAAAACAAAAUACGAAGAGCAUAUUUUGUCAGGCGGGUCCGACGUUCACUCCGGUAUUAAUCGGCAUCUUUCUCUGCAUCGCGUUCAGUACUUCUGUGUUUGCAAAGAUUCGAAGGAAUAAAGAGAGACGCUUAGCAAACACUUUAUCAGCAGCAGUAGCGGUAACUUCUCCUUCAAAGCGUAAAUAUUAG